UUUGCAUUUAAUUACAUAGACACGUACACACGCACUCUCCCUCCCUCUCUCUCUCUCUCACAAAACACACACACACAAAUGCAAUAAGGCUUAACUAGUUUCUUUAUAGUCUUGCAGAGGUGACUUUAAUUUGUAAAGUAAGUACUAUCCUCCAGCCCUAAAGGUGGGUUUGUGAGACUAUGGGCAAGGAGAAUGGGGUCGAAGAGGCAACAACCUCCAACUCUCUUGCUACUGAACAAAAUCAACACAUGGAGAACCAACAAAAUAAUGUUACUCCAGGCAGAGUUCCAUUCUAUAAGCUCUUCUCAUUUGCAGAUUCUACGGACAAGGCAUUGAUGAUCAUUGGCUCCAUUGGUGCCGUCGGAAAUGGUGUAUGUAUGCCCUUGAUGGCCAUCAUUUUCGGUGAAUUGGUUGAUUCGUUUGGCGAGAAUCAGAACACCAAACACAUCAUUCAUGUCGUCUCCCAGGUGUCUCUAAAAUUUGUCUACUUGGCCAUUGGUGUGGCGAUUGCUGCAUUUCUUCAGGUGGCUUGCUGGAUGGUUACAGGAGAAAGACAGGCGGCAAGAAUAAGGAAGUUGUACCUGAAAGCUAUACUCAGACAAGAUAUUGCUUUUUUUGACAAAGAAACAAGCACAGGAGAGGUCAUUGGGAGAAUGUCAGGGGAUACAGUUCUCAUACAAGAUGCUAUGGGGGAGAAGGUUGGAAAAUUUCUACAAAUGAUAUCAACUUUUAUUGGAGGCUUUAUCAUUGCAUUUAUUAAAGGGUGGCUUCUUACUCUUGUCAUGCUCUCCUCCAUACCCCUUCUCGCGAUUUCUGGUGCAGCUAUGACCAUUAUCGUUUCAAAGAUGGCAACAAGGGGGCAAGCUGCUUAUGGAAAGGCAGCAACUGUCGUACAACAGACUAUAAGUUCAAUCAGAACUGUGGCUUCAUUUACUGGAGAGAAAAGUGCUAUUGCAAACUACAAAAAAGCUAUUGAAAGCGCCUAUAAUUCUGGUGUUCAUGAAGGACUGGCUGCUGGGAUGGGGCUGGGUGCAUUAAUGUUUGUUAUCUUUAGCAGCUAUGCUUUAGCUAUAUGGUUCGGCUCUAAGAUGAUACUUGAAAAAAAUUACACUGGCGGUGCUGUCCUUAAUGUCAUUGUGGCUGUCUUGGUUGGAUCCAUGUCAUUGGGGCAGGCAUCCCCUUCCCUGAGUGCAUUCGCUGCGGGGCAAGCAGCAGCCUACAAGAUGUUUGAAACCAUCAACAGAAAACCAGCAAUUGAUCCUUAUGACUCAAGUGGAAAAGUAUUAGAUGAUAUUCAUGGAGAAAUUGAGUUGAGGGAUGUUCAUUUUAGUUAUCCAACUAGACCUGAUGAGCUAAUUUUUAGUGGAUUUUCUCUUUCAAUCUCAAGUGGCACAACUGCAGCACUGGUUGGACAAAGUGGGAGUGGGAAAUCAACAGUGAUUAGUCUUAUAGAGAGAUUUUAUGAUCCACAUGCUGGGCAGAUUCUAAUUGAUGGAAUCAAUCUCAAAGAAUUUCAACUAAGAUGGAUCCGGCAAAAAAUUGGCUUGGUGAGUCAAGAGCCUAUUUUGUUUGCUUCCUCGAUUAGAGAUAAUAUUGCAUAUGGGAAGGAUGGAGCAACCAAUGAAGAUAUUAGAGCUGCAGCUGAGCUUGCAAAUGCCGCGAAGUUUAUUGAUAAACUGCCACAGGGGCUAGAUACAUUAGUUGGUGAGCAUGGAACUCAGCUAUCUGGAGGACAAAAGCAGAGAGUGGCCAUAGCAAGGGCCAUCUUGAAAGAUCCGCGAAUUUUACUUCUUGAUGAAGCUACAAGUGCACUGGAUGCUGAAUCUGAGAGGGUUGUGCAGGAAGCAUUGGAUAGGAUAAUGGUUAAUCGGACUACUAUUAUCGUUGCCCAUCGCUUGAGCACUGUUCGGAAUUCUGAUAUGAUUGCUGUCAUUCAUCAAGGAAAGGUGGUUGAGAAAGGACCACACUCUGAACUACUCCAGGAUCCUGAAGGGGCAUACUCUCAACUAACUCGUCUACAAGAAAUAAAAAAAGAGCCUGAACCAGCUGAAGAUGUUAGAGAGGUCUCAAAAGAGUUAAGUCGGAGGGUAUCAUCCUUACGGUCAUUGAGCCGUGGAUCCUCUGGGAGGCUAAGCAGCAAUCGUCACUCAUUUUCAAUGGUGUCUGGAGUAGGAGUAGACCUUCCAGAGAGUUCUCUCCCAGAGCUUGAGGGAGCUGUUUCACCACCUUCCGAAGAACAUCCAAAAGUUUCCAUUUGGCGUCUUGUGUCUCUCAAUAAACCAGAAAUUCCAGCACUUGUGCUUGGAGCUGUAUCUGCAAGCGCCAAUGGUGUCAUUUUUCCUAUUUUCAGCAUACUUUUAUCUAGUGUGAUCAAAAUGUUUUACGAGCCACGUCAUCUGUUGAGAAAAGAUUCAAGAUUCUGGGCCAUAAUGUUUUUGGUCCUUGGUUUGGCAUCGCUAGUGACAAACCCUGCUCGAGCCUAUUUCUUUUCUGUUGCCGGUUGUAAAUUAAUACAACGAAUCAGAUCGAUGUGUUUUGCUAGAGUAGUUCACAUGGAGGUUAGUUGGUUUGAUGAAUCUGAGAAUUCAAGCGGUGCAAUUGGUGCAAGGUUGUCUACUGAUGCAGCAGCUGUACGUGCUUUGGUUGGAGAUGCUCUGGGCUUGCUUGUUCAAAAUAUUGCAACUGCAAUUGCUGGUUUGCUGAUAGCUUUCCUUGCAAAUUGGAUUUUGGCUUUCAUUGUCCUGGCAUUAAUACCCUUAAUAGGCCUUAAUGGAUAUAUCCAAAUGAAAUUUAUGAAGGGAUUUAGUGCAGAUGCUACGAAGAAGUAUGAAGAGGCAAGCCAAGUUGCUAAUGAUGCAGUUGGUAGUGUAAGAACAGUCGCUUCUUUUUGUGCUGAGGAGAAGGUAAUGCAGUUGUAUGAAAAGAAAUGUGAAGCGCCUAUGGAAGCUGGUAUGAAGCAAGGAUUGAUUAGCGGGGCAGGUUUUGGUGUGUCCUUUGCUUUGCUUUUUUUUGUCUAUGCCAUCAGUUUCUAUGCAGGAGCUCAACUCAUUGGCCAUGGAAAAACUACCUUUACAGAGGUCUUCCGUGUUUUUUUCGCACUUACCAUGGCAUCAAUAGGAAUAUCACAAUCUAGCUCCUUUGCCCCCGAUAGCAGCAAGGCCAAGAGUGCUGCUGCAUCAGUAUUUUCGAUCCUCGAUCGCAAGUCUAAGAUAGACCCAAGUGAUGAAUCUGGGAUGACCUUGGAUGACGUAAAGGGUGAAAUUGAGCUUCAGCAUGUGAGCUUUACAUAUCCCACUAGACCUGAUAUUCAGAUUUUCCAAGAUCUAAGUUUGACGAUUCAUGCUGGGAAGACAGUGGCACUCGUAGGUGAAAGUGGAAGUGGAAAAUCAACUGUCAUCUCACUCUUGCAAAGAUUUUAUGAUCCAGCUUCUGGUUGUAUUACCCUUGAUGGAAUUGAAAUACAAAAAUUCCAGUUGAAGUGGUUGAGGCAACAAAUGGGCCUUGUAAGCCAAGAACCUGUUCUUUUUAAUGACUCGAUACGUGCCAACAUUGCUUAUGGAAAAGGAGGCGAUGCCACUGAGGCUGAAAUCAUAUCAGCUGCAGAGCUUGCAAAUGCCCACAAGUUCAUCUCUAGCUUACAACAGGGCUAUGAUACAGUUGUUGGUGAACGAGGAGUUCAAUUAUCAGGAGGGCAGAAACAACGGGUUGCCAUUGCCCGUGCAAUAGUAAAGAAUCCAAGAAUCCUACUAUUAGAUGAAGCUACUAGUGCACUAGAUGCUGAAUCUGAAAAAGUUGUACAGGAUGCACUGGAUCGAGUGAUGGUAAAUCGGACUACAGUAGUGGUUGCACAUCGAUUAUCUACAAUCAAGAAUGCGGGUGUAAUUGCAGUUGUGAAAAAUGGGGUCAUUGUAGAGAAAGGUAAGCAUGAAACUCUAAUUCGUAACAAAGAUGGAGUAUAUGCAUCCUUGGUUGCUCUCCACAUGAGUGCAUCUACUUGACCUCUUCACUUAUAUAGCCUGUGUAAGCACAAUUUUGACACCAUGCAGUCUUACUAAAUUUAGGACCCUAGUAACGCAGGGAAUUUUGUUAAGUAAUAUUUACAUGUAUUUUUUCUUGAUUUGUUUUAAGUAGCAUUAAUUUUGGUUGUAAACUUGUAAGACUUGUAUCAUGAUCCAUGAGCAUGUGAAGCAGAUUGUACGAGGAUGUAAAUCAAUCCAUUUAAUGUGAGUUGUGUGACAAAA